AUGCGACACACCAGGAAUGGGACGGGACCGCCGUCGGGCCAUGAGACCGCCUUGCGCAAGGCGACCUGGCCCUGGGGUGCGCUGCUGCGCGUCCUCGGCGUCCUGGCAACCGUGGCCAUUGUCCGAUUCCUGCACCGCGGAUACCAAGUCAGGACAAAGAUGCGGCGUCUGCAGGCGCAGGGCAUCCCCACGCUGCCACACUCGCUGCUGUCCGGCCACAUCCCACUGCUGCUGCGGUUCCGCAGUCUGCACCCAGCCGACGCACACUUCAACACCCUGACGACCUGGCUCGCCACCAACUGCACUCACUGGCUGCCAAAGUGCCCUAACGGACCCCGGCCCGCGCUGUACCUCGACUUCUGGCCCAUCUUUCCCGAUCCCAUGCUUCUCGUCUUCGACCACGCUCUCGCCUCCCAGUUCACCCAGGCUCAUGCUGUUCCCGCAGGGAGGGGAGAGUGGCUAUGGUAG